CUAAUUUAAGUUUUUGAUUAGGUAAUCGAUGAAAGAAUUCAAUUAGUUCUAAAUAUUCAAAGGAUUUCAAGAAUCUUGAAUAGCAAAUUAAAUAUAGAAUUAUGUAUUAAAAACAAUUUAAAGAUGGAAGACUAAGUCUCACUUGUUAGAUAUUUUGCAGAUGUAAGCAAGUUGGUUACAAUUUGUUAUAAAUUGUCAUUGGAAAAAUAAGAAUUAUUAAAAUAAGCCAAAUGUCAUUCAGAAUCUCAAUCCCCAAGCCAAUUAAAAUCACCUUUUGAGGUAGAUUCACCUAAGUCAUUCCUUAACAAAUCUGAAAGUAAUGUGAAGAAAUAACUGGAAUUAAAAAAUUCUAAUUAGGAUCAAAAAAAGUAAAAGCAAAACAAUUUAAGUCAAACUAGAUAAGGAACACAUUAUUUCAAACCAUAAAUUUAGUGUAAUUCUAAUAAAGUUGUUAAGGCGUCAAAAGAUAAUAAUAUAUAUAAUUGUCAACAGUGCGAUAAAAAGUAUCAUCAUAUGAAAUCCCUAAAACGUCAUAUAAAAUGGAAUCAUCAAAUCGAUAAAUUAGCAAAUUACAUAGAAGAAUGA